UAUAACCAAAUAGAUUAAACUAUUGCUUCUGAUCGGAUAUUGUUGUAGACAUACCCUGACUUUCAUCAAAAAGGACACACAGAGAAUGAAUCGUUUUUCGCCAGUCCUGUGGGGUUUGUUGAUACUUCAACUACAGGCCGGUAUUCAGGAGAAGAGUACGGGAUCACGAUUCUGUGACUUUAACCAACAUAAGUACUUCAAUCACCAAGUACCAAGAUGUAAGCAAUGUGACAAGUGUCAAAUUGGUUUGGGACUGGUCCCAAUUACGAAUCAAGUCAAUCGUUAUAUGUUGUAACUGUAUGUGAUGACGUUACAGGAUGAGGCGAUCAGAUUAGACCCCAUCCAUGGAGCGAUAAGCUGCCAAAGGUGUGUGGAGUGUGUAGCGGGUAAAGAUUUCAGUAACAAUACAUCCUAUCAGCCAUGCAAACUAUUAAAAACUGUACAUCUCUAGGCAUGGAGGAGAGAGAGCCAUGUACCCCCUCAUCUUACACCAAGUGUACACCACCACUUGAAAGUCAAACUUAUGUUCCAAGCAGUACCGUCAAUAAACAAAGUCUUGGAAGUGACGAAACAAAGAAACACGAGGCAAAUAUGAAGUGGGCUAAAGCAUCAGUGAUUGUGCUGAUUUUUCUGGGGGUAUCUACAUUUUGGGUUUCAUGUUGGUAUCAUUUGUACCAACGAAAGGUCCGGCUACUCAGACAAGUUUUAAAAGCAACCAAGAAACACAAGCCUAUCGGAAACCGAACGUCUCAUCCCUUGGCAGUUCAACAGUCAUUAGUGUCACAAGAUGGUCCCCUGAACGAAAGGGACCUUUGUACUCCUGCUACUCUUCUAGUUAAAGACGAAGACUAUUUUCAACUAGGAUUACGACUUAGGAUUGCUUCACAUGACAUAGACAUUAUAAAUGCAGAUUGCCAAGGUAAUGCAAAAAAGAAAUCGUUUGAGGUCCUGAACAAGUGGAGGAAGAUGCUCGGCAAGGAUGCAACUCGUGGUUUGUUUUAUGGUGCGUUGCGUCAUAUAAAACGUGCUGAUGUAAUUACCGAAAUGGAGAAAGAACGAAAGAAAGACAAUGACGAGGGUGAUCACACUGAGGAGUCGCCUUGUUAACAUAGGGUGAUAGCAAGGGUGAUCACACUGAGGUUUCACCGUGUUAACAUAGAGUGAUGACAAGGGUGAUCACACUGAGGUUUCACCGUGUUAACAUAGAGUGAUGACGAGGGUGAUCACACUGGGGAGUCGACUUGUUAACGUAGGGUGAUGACGAGGGUGAUCACUUCAAUUUCAAUUUCAACAAAUUUUAUUGACAAUAUAAGCAAUAGUCAUUAGGAUCAGACAUCGGGCAUAGCCUAUCUAAGUCCUCUCCUUAAAGUGACAACAGGUGGUAAGAAACACAGACAUAUAUUUGUACAUUGAUAUGAUGUUUGGGAUAAGGGGAAGUAACUCCUUGAUGUAAACAGACUUGUUCAGUAUUCUUGAGAUAUAGUAACCCUUUCACUAGGGAUAUUUAAUUUGAGAUAUUUACUAGACUAUUAUCUUCAGUGAAUAAUAUCAAGUAUUAGACAAUGAGUUACUGGUAUUCAUAUAAGGAAAACUGUUGAGUAUAAAUAUUUGGUGAUAUUGGAUUUAUUCCCCCAACAGAUACAGGCCAUACAGUCCAUAUGUAUAACACACUAGCCAUCACACACUGUUAAGGAUCAAAAGCCAAUUUCAGCAAAUAGAUAUAUAAUUUGUAAGACGGGCUACACCAACUCCUGCAAGUAAUAUAGUAAUUCUUUAAUUAAAUUGAAAGGAGUUACUUCAUAUCUUGAUGUAAGCUUAAAGAAGAAGAAGAAGAAGAAGAAGAAGAAGAAGAAGAAGAAAACAGAAAACAAAACAGAAAGGGUGAUCACAAUGGGGAGGCACAUUGUUUUAAAACAUAUGGUGAU